ACACACCUUGAAUAUCAUUACUAAGUGGAGUGUGAAAAUUACUAGUGAUCAUUAAAUCCUCUCUAACUCAUGAGCAAAAUGAGAGUUUGAUAAUGCUAGAUCGAAAGCAUAAGAGACUCAUCGCUUGGAAGAUCAUUAACAUUCAAGGGAUAUAUUCUUCAUAUUUUAUUCAUAAAAUCCUAAUGGAAGAUUAGGAUAAACCCGUUGUACAACAUUAGCAAUGUAUGAACCCUUACCUAAGGGAAGACAUUAAGAAAGAAGUUCUCAAACUGUUAGAUGCGGGAAUCAUAUUGAUAAUUGUCGAAAACAUAUUGAUUUUGCGUGCUUAAUGUGAUUAUUUCAUGAUAUGUUUGAGACCUAUAAUACUUGUUUUAGGUCCAACUAAGCCUGGAAUGGUUAUAAAACCAUUACCAUCAAGUGCCAAAUGUUUUAUAUAUUUCAGGUAAAUGAAACGAGAAAUUUGCAUUGGUGGAUAGAAUAAUUCAACAUUCAAGUGGACUAGAUGUACAUUUAUUUAUUAAUUGGACCGGAACUUAUUGAGGAGUUGAACCGGAACUGCACUUGUGUGGGCUGGAGGCAAUUUUUGGGCCGGCCCACUCUAAUCUCCGAAAGCAGCUGGGACAUGGAAGUUUUGGGGGGACAUGAUUAUUCUUUGGAGGCCAAUUUCUGGGGGACACGAGGUGGAUUUGGAGGGGAACGAGGGAAAUAAAAAAAAAAAAAAAAGAGAGAAAGGGGGCAGCAGCUUAGAGAGGGGACGGAACAGAAUUUUAGAGAGGGGAGAAUUCUUGUGGAGAAAAGAAAAGCAGAAGGACACGGAAGGGAAUAAAAGCAAUUUGAGGCGGAUAGAAGGAAAAGAAAAAAGCGCGCAGCAGCUGGGAGGACCAGAGGGUCGCGGGCAGAAUUCUUGGAAAAGAGAAAGAAAGCGCAAGGCAGCAGAGCAAAAGGCGAUCAGUCGAUUUCCAUCGGCGAUCGACUUCUCUCAAGCGGCUUGAGCUGAAUUCAACGAGAGCGAUUAGUUGGUUGGAUUUUCUAAACCUAAUUAGUUGUUUCUUGUUGUUUUAGAACAUGAUGAACAAAACCCUAUCGAUUUAUCUUAAUUUCAUCAUGAACUAAACCCCAAUUUCUGGGGGAAACACCAUAGGAUGUAGCUAUUUCUUGAUUUGAUGGAUUGAUUUAUGAUUCUUUUCUUCCAAUCUCUAUUGCAUGGAAUUGCUUAAUGCUUUGUGUUGACUGGCCACCAAUACAAUGAAUCGUAGUUGAUUAGGUUAUUAGCGACAGUGAAACCCUAAUAACUGAACCUAUUUCAUGUGACAUAGUAACUUAUCGAAGCGACAGUGGAUUAAAUAAGGUGCUAUGCGGUCUUAAAUAGGAUAUCGAUCUUCAGGCUAAAUAAUUAGGUCAUUGAGCUACGACAAUAGGAUUUGAUUUAAUUGUUUAGUACGUAGUAAUUCCCGACAGGGAUAGCUAGCACAUUCGUGAUAUCCUGGCUGUAGAGAGUUGGAUUAAAUUGAUUGGAGUAUGUGAAUUAAUCUGGAUAGGAUAGGUAGUGAAUCCCGGUGUUUCUCCCAGAGCUUUCUCCCAUUGAUUUUCUCCCUGAGCUUUCAUUUAGUUAAUUUGUUUAUUUUAUUUUGCUAGUAGUUAAUAAUCUCAUUAAACCAUUUUCACCUAUAGUUUGCUCUAUUAAAUCGGUAAAUCUUAAGGUUGUACCAGUCCCUGAGAGACGAUACCCGGACUUUCCGGUUUUACUACAAGAUAGGAAUUGAAGCUAUACGCUUUUGACCUAUCAAGUUUUUGGCGCCGUUGCCGGGGACUGCCAUACCUUAUUUUUGUCGAUUUUUGUGAGUGAACUGUUUUGAUCUGGGUGUUAGUGUGCAGGUGAAUUUUUUAGGUUAAUCCUCCUCGUGCAUGCCAAGGAGGACGACUGGCAAUUUACUGCCACUAGAUCCUGAGAUCGAGAGGACCUGCCGACAGAACAAGAAGCAGGUCAAGUUAGGGAAGCAGCCUACCACAUCCACAACUCCUAGGCCUUCCCUAACUCAGAAUCGUCAACCGAGAAGGCAGGUGACACCACCUGUCAUCCCUACACCACCUACACCACCGCCGCGCAUCAUCGAGCCUGUCAUCAUGGCUGAACAGGAUCGUUCGAUCAGGGCUCGUCUGAAUCGGAGGACUGGAGCCCGAGCUUCAUGUGUUGUCAUUCCGGCUGGGGAUGCAAACAUGGAGAUUGCCCCAGCCUUCAUCAAUAUGAUCACUAAUGGGUACACGUUCUCAGGGGCUAGCACCGAGGAUCCUCAUGAGCAUCUUCGCCGGUUCGCGAGCAUUUGUGAUACUAUGAAGAGCCCAACCGUGUCUGAUGAUGCAAUCCGUCUUCGGAUGUUCUCAUUUUCUCUGCUAGGGAAUGCAUCACACUGGUUCCAAAACUUAACACCCCGUUCCAUCACGACAUGGGGUCAGCUUGAGAAGGUCUUUCUGGAUAAAUACUUCCCACCCGCCUUGGCAAUGAAGAGGCAAGAAGAGAUUGUUACUUUUAAGCAGGCUGAUGAUGAGAGUCUGACUGAGGCAUGGGAGCGCUACAAGGGGCUGUUGAUGAGAUGCCCAAGCCAUGGUCUUGAAGAUUGGAACGUGAUCAUUAUUUUCUUCAAUGGAAUCAGAAGGGAGUUUCGGGAUGCCCUGAAUAAUGCUUCUCGAAAUGGUUUCACAAGCAUGGAGGCACCAGCAGCAUAUGAUCUGGUAGAGAAGAUCUGUUCAGAAGCCACUGAAUGGGGUAGUGAGACCAGUAUUCGAAGGAGAGGAGGCUUGCAUGAGAUAAACAGAGUUGCGAGUCUAGAAGCCAAGAUAGAUGCUAAACUGGAUUCCAAGUUUGAUGCACUCGAACGAAGGUUGGCCAAGAUUGCUAUGGGUAGACAAGAGGAGGUUGCUUCAUGUGAACUUUGCGAGGGUCCUCAUCAUAGGGAUAUGUGUCCGCUGGGAGCUGCUCAGUUGGAAGAUAUUCAGUAUAUCAAUAAUCCGCGAAGUCAAGGUCAGGGUGGUAUGUAUUCAAAUACAUAUAACCCUCAAUGGAGACAUCACCCCAAUAUGUCAUGGUCAAACAAUAAUCCAGCUGGUGUUCGAAACAUCCCACCUCCUGGUUUUCAACAACAGCAGCCUCAACCAGAGAAGAAGCCCCAACUGGAGGAGUUGAUUUUGGCUCAUAUGCAGAAAACAGAUAAUAAUUUCAAGGGUCUGGAUCAAUUUGUCACUCAACAGCUAGCCAUCAACAAUAAUUUACAAUCGUCUAUGCUAGCUAUGGAGAGGCAGAUGGGACAGAUGGCUCAAACUUUGGCAGAUAUGCAAGGCAGGAUUCCUGGGACAUUACCAGCAAAUACUGAGAGGAAUCCGAAGGAUGCCAUGGUUGUAGCAGUGACAUUGAGGAGUGGAAAGGCCUUGGAAGACCCUAGCAGCUCGAAAAAGGCACCAGAGGCAGAAGAGGAAGCACCGGGAGAAAGAUCUUGUGCAGAAAAUGAAGAAUCAGCCUUGCACAGGCAAAAUGAAAGCGGUUUGCCUGUGCAAAAGCAUGCUGCCCGUGUACCUCAAAAAGUGGAAAAAUUGAAGAAUGAAGAGGUAAAACCUUAUGAACCUCCCGCACCAUUCCCUCAAAGGUUAAUGAAGCCCAUGGAAGACCCAAACUUCAAGAAAUUUGUGAAUAUCUUCAAGCAACUUCAGAUUAACAUACCCUUGGCGGAGGCACUUGAACAGAUGCCUACAUAUGCUAAAUUUUUAAAGGAGUUGCUGACUAAGAAGCGCAAAUGGGCUGAUCUGGAGAAGGUAACCCUUACUUCUGAAUGUAGUGCUGUGAUUCAGAAUAAAUUACCAAAGAAGAGGGAUGAUCCGGGCAGCUUCACCAUUCCAUGUGUCAUUGGAGGUACAGAAUUCAAUAAAUCACUUUGUGAUCUUGGAGCAGGAAUUAAUUUGAUGCCCUACUCAGUCUACAAGAAAUUGGGAUUGGGAGAUGUUCUUAAGCCUACUCGGAUCACUCUCCAAUUGGCUGAUCGAUCAGUGAAAAUUCCAAAAGGAGUGGUGGAGAAUGUAUUGGUGAAGGUGGGAAAGUUUAUUCUCCCAACAGAUUUUGUAAUCCUGGAGAUGGAAGAUGAUCGGGGAGUGCCUCUAAUCCUCGGCAGACCUUUUCUAGCAACCGGUGAUGCACUCAUCGAUGUUGGGAGAGGCAAGUUGACAUUCCGAGUAGGUAAGGAGGAGGAAAUUUUUAAUGUCUUUCAAGUUGACCAUAAUCAUGAUGAAUUUGAAAGUGAAGCUCGAGAAAGGAAAAAUCCCUCUUCCUGUGAUAGUGGACCAUCCGAAGAACUAUCACCUAUCCUAUCUGCUCAGAUUCUAAAAUCAAAGCAAGGGCAGAAAUCCUUGCCAGGUCACCUCAAGUAUAGAUAUUUGGGUAAGGAUUUCAAUAUUCCUGUUAUUAUUCCUUCUUCACUGACAUUGAAACAGGAAGAGUACCUGCUUGAGGCGCUGCAGUACCACCUACGCCUCACUAAAGGGUCUAACAUGCCAGCUAAGAAGGUCAUACCCAAUUUUCGCACACCUGGCCCUGCAGAGGUGACUCAUAUGCUGGAUGGAGGUUAUGCGUUCUAUCAUUGCUCGGGAGGGUAUUCUGGAUACCUUUCCAUACCCAUUGGUUGAAAGCUCCAUGAACGUCAGGCUGAGGACGUUAAACAAGCGCUUCUUGGGAGGCAACCCAAGGUAAGUUUUCUUUUCUUUUGUUUAAUUUUCUUUUUAGUUGUGUCAAACCCGUGCAUGUAUAGAUUAGGAGUUGAACAUUAGAGACAAUGUUCCAUCCUGAGUGUGGGGUGGUGAGUCUUAGUGUUGUUUGUCCAUGUUGCAUGUGGUAAAAAAAAAAAAAAAAAUUUGUUUGUUCCUUUUGUCAUGUGGUCGGAAAAAAAAAACAAAAAAACAAAAAAUUCAAAAACAAAAAAAAACAAAAAACAAAAAAAUUGCCAUUAGGUUGAGCACAGCCAAACUGCAUGCAGUUUGCCUGUGUAAAAAGCAGUCUGCCUAUGUAAAAAGCAAGCUGCCUGUGUUAAUCUAAUGGCUAAAAAACACCUAAAAAUCAGAAAAAUCAAAAACAAAACCUUGUACUCUUGUGGUAACAUGAUGUAAAUGACUGUGAUGCCUUGAAAUGAGUUUGUGCUUGAAUGAAAUCAUAAAAAUCACCCCACUAGUGUUGAAUUGCAUGGUUCUUCACAAUGAGCUUGAAUGUUUUGACUGACUUGAUAUGCUUUGAAUGAGCAACUCUUUUAGCAACAUUCUCUUUUGUGAGGAUAGUGUAACGACUUUUGGUGAAGUAGUUAGGUGGAGAACAUUGACCAUUCGAUAUGUUUGGAUACCGUGCUUACUUGCAUCAAUUGUGAGCUUUUGAUUUUGCAAUGAGUCUCUCUGUUUUAAAUGUUUUAUGAUGGGGUGAACUGUAUCUUUAUAAAAUGAGAAAACACUACCUGACAAGUAAAAUUAAGAAAGUUGCCAUAACAAUUAAAGUGUGGGUAAAAAUGCCAAAAUCGUGUGAGGCAAUCACUCAUUGCACAUGGGGAUGAGGAAAGAUUCAAUUGAGAAUCGGUUCGCGACCGUACGAUGUUGCUUAUCAAGUACGAUCCCCAGUUGAGUGAAGUGCCAUUUGAGGAUGCAAUGACCCUCCACACGGACCGAGGAAAAGGAGUUAAAAGAAGCCCUUAUGCGAGUGCUAAGAAGCAGAAAUUGCUCUUGCUCGGUCACCGGUAGUAAGAAACAAAUCCCACUUGUACUAAAUACGACCUCUCGGCAAGCAAAAGCAGAAAGAGAGAAAGCCUCUCCUUGUCAAAAAAGGUAGUGAUGUGCUUAAAAUUAAAAUCUUGUUUGCGAAAGGCUUCCCCCAUUAGUUUUUGAGACUCAUGCUUAAUUAAUUGCUUAUGAUUGGUGUGAGUAAGCCAGAUUGUCCUCACGAGAUAUGCACCUCACUGAUGUGGUUAGAUUCUCCUAAUAAUUGUUGCACCAUAAGUUGUUAAUCACCCACUACCGACGAUCAAAAUUGAGUGUUGCUAUUUGAGUUUUUGAUGGAUUUGAGUCAGUCAAUGGUAAUGGUUGCAAAGAACUUGAGUGUGGGGUGAAAGGUAUGACCAUUAAAGCACAACUUGUCCAUUGAGAAAGAAACUACUGAUUAUCACAAGAGUACAAUGAUAAAUUUCUGGUGUUGAUGUUAUGUUUUGUGUGUCGUGUGUCUUGUGUUUUGAGUUAGGUUGUGUAUCCCUGGUCUGUGAUGUGUUUACUCCAAUUAUCGUUCUCUUGUCUGAAUUGUUGCUUAGGGACAAGCAAGUAUUGAGUGUGGGGUUGUGAUAAUUGUCGAAAACAUAUUGAUUUUGCGUGCUUAAUGUGAUUAUUUCAUGAUAUGUUUGAGACCUAUAAUACUUGUUUUAGGUCCAACUAAGCCUGGAAUGGUUAUAAAACCAUUACCAUCAAGUGCCAAAUGUUUUAUAUAUUUCAGGUAAAUGAAACGAGAAAUUUGCA